CUUGGCCCCCCUUGCCGAGCCAUCUGGGAGACUGGGACAGGAAAUCGGCCGAGGUUAUGCCGCCAUUAGCCCUUAUGGGAGUUAAGAUUCACGAGCCGUUGCGUCCGUCCCCACCUGCAUUCCCCUCUAAUUGAUGGCAUAAAGGGUCUUGCUCCCCGUGUGGUGGGUGUGAACUGGGGACCAUGUGAACUUCCAGCACCUUACACUCAAUCAUGGCGACUACCAGUACCGAGCAGCCGCCGCGCGCGGACUUGCGCGAGAUGAUGAAUCGCCACCCCCUGCCCACUCUGACCCCCGGGCUGAUCGAUCCUUCUUCGAUGGCUGGGGACGAAGCAUCCACUCAAGCUCGCGCCACUCUGACUCGUCUCAAUACUGCCUUGGCCACGGACGAUGGCGAAACACUUCAAGCCUGUCUCUAUGCAGAUCAGGCAUACUGGAAGGACCAAUUGGCUCUGACAUGGCACUUGCGCACCUUCAGCGGCCCCGAGACCGUCGCUACCAGCCUUCUGGAGACGACCAAGCUGAGGAAACUCGCCGGGGAGAUUGAGAUUGAUGGAGCCGCCACAUUUCUCCCGGCCACCCCCGUUCUUCAAUUCAUCGAUUGUCCUCUCAUAUUCAGAACCGAAUCACCUGCCGGCCUAUGCCGGGGGAAGAUGCUAUUGUUGCCCGUGGUGAGGGAGGACCAGGGAGUUUCCUGGAAGAUCUGGAUACUAAGCACGAGACUGGAAAGCUUGGACAUGCAGUCGGAAGACGAAGGACUAUUACGAUCCGCUGGAAGGCAACUCGAUAAUUCGACGGACUUUGACACAGACGUCUUCAUCAUCGGUGCUGGCAACGCCGCCGUUGCUCUCUCCGCCCGUCUGAAGGCCCUAGGCGUUGAGACCGUCAUGGCGGAUCGGAAUGCUCGUCCUGGUGACAAUUGGGCUCUUCGCUACGACUGCAUGCGGUUUCAUAUUCCCACUGCGUUCUGUGAGCUUCCUUACAUGUGUUAUGACAAGGAGCUUCAAUCUCCUCAUCUUCUCACACGGCAGGACCUGGCAUCCCAAGUCCGUCGAUAUGUGGAGUCGUUCAACCUGAAUGUUAUCCACUCCGCCCGAAUCCAGUGGACCGAGUAUGACGAGGUGGCCAAAAAGUGGAGUAUCACAUUCCAGACACCAGCUGGUCAGCGCAGGGCUACUUCGAAGCAUCUCGUCAUGGCGACGGGUAUUGGGUCCCAAAAGCCUCGCAUUCCCCAGAUUGCAGAUCCUCAUUUGUACAAGGGGAUCAGUAUUCACUCGGUCGAGUACAAAAACGCCAAGCUAUUGCGAGAACAGGGAGCGAAGACGGUCAUGAUCAUCGGCUCUGCGAACACAGCAUUCGAUGUCCUUGAGGACUGCCACCAUGCCGGCCUUGAGGCAACAAUAGUCGCCCGAUCCCCAACUUAUGUGGUCCCGCUCGAGUAUGUCUGUCAUCCAAACAGUCUGGGUGCAUAUAAUGCGGGCGUGGAUGCAGCUGAUAAACUGUUCCUAUCAUUACCCGCCGUCGUGGAUGGGCAGUUGAGUCGUGGAUUGUUCGCAAUGUUUGCUUCGAACGAGCCAGAGCGAUACGCCGCCCUAGAGGCAGCGGGGUUCCCUACUCUCGACAGCCGAGACCCAACCUGUGCCUUGAUGCAGAACCUCCUAGAACGUGCUGGGGGGCAUUAUAUCGAUGUGGGUGGCACGAAGCUGAUCGCGGAAAAGAAUGUCCAGGUCAAGGCGGGGGUGGAGCCCGUCGCCUAUACGGAAACCGGUCUUCGGUUCUCCGACGGCAGUUGCGUCGAUGCCGAUGCUGUGGUGUGGUGUACGGGCUUCAGUGACUCCAACGUGGUAGACACUGCCACCGAGAUUCUUGGUGGGCAGUCGGACGCAAAGAGGUCUGUGGCGGAAGCUGAAGCCAAUGAUCAGCGGGCGCAUAUCUGGAGACCACGAGACAUUGCCUCCCGCUUGGAUGCGACGUGGGGUCUUGAUGAGGAGGGAGAGAUUCGUGGCAUGUGGAAGCGACAUGUGAGAGUUGAAAACAUUUGGGUCAUGGGGGGCUAUACGCAGCAGCACCGGUGGCACUCGCGCACCCUCGCUCUGCAGAUCAAAGCAGCGUUGGAAGGUAUUUUGCCGCCAGCCUAUCGACAUACCCCGAUACCGAGAGUCGGAGAUAUCCUGCAGGGGGGCGAUACACAUCAUGCUCGAUCUCCGUCGGCAGCGAUCGGUGAGAGAUCGGUGUUAUAAGGCGGAUACAAUAAUGGUGGAGUUGGUGAGCCUUAUAUAUUUCCGGCGGUCGUAGUGCACACCUCCGGUUUUAUGCUUCCGUUCAUAUGUCAUUGUACUUGUAUCCUUCCGUAGUGAGAAUUCUGCAGAUUUGGAAACGCGAAGGGAUCUAUCUGGGUGCUGUAGAUGAGCGAUCUAUCGCACAUGUGAACUGGGGAGGUAUUUAGUACUAGUGAGGCAGGAGCCAACCCAGGCGG